AUGUUCCCUCAGGAAAAGCUCUUCGUCGGUGUACCACAGCAGUUUGAGCAGUACCCGAAGGACAGCUUUCGGUUCAUCCAAGGUACUGUGACGAAGCUCGACCACCACGGCCGCUAUGUCACUGCGAGCCUCAAAGACGGCAGUACCGAGAAUAUUGCAUACCAUGCGCUUGUCAUCGCUACCGGUACAUCCACCGCGUCGCCCUUACUAGGGCUGAAUGGCGACUCUGAGUCCCUGCGCGCUACCUGGAAAACCUUCCGCGAAGCUCUCCCCAACGCCAAACAUAUUGUCAUCGCGGGUGGAGGUCCAGCCGGUGUAGAGACAGCCGGUGAGCUAGGCGAAUAUCUCAAUGGUCACGCUGGCUGGUUCAGCUCUAAACUGGAGAAUCCCAAUAUCGCCAUUACCCUAGUGACGGCAGGAUCGAAGAUCCUUCCAGUCUUACGACCCACGAUCGCGAAGAAGGCGGAGAACUUCCUCGCACAGGUUGGCGUGACGGUUGUCACGGGCUCACGCGUUGUAACUGUCUCACCAACUGGUGCAGGCACUGGAAGUGCUCUAACAACCAAUGCGACGGUGACUUUGGAAGACGGUAAAACACUCGAGGCCGACCUUUAUAUCCCCGCUACCGGAGCUGUGGCUAAUACCAGCUUUAUCCAUAAGUCCCUGUUAACGGCUAGUGGCUCGGUAGAGACCAAUGUAUCCACCUUGCGUGUGGAUAAAGCUGGUGCGCGAGUCUACGCGAUUGGUGAUGCGGGAUCGCAUGCGCGUCCGGCGGUGCACAAUAUCUUGAAUACCGUCCCCAUUCUGUGUGCGAAUAUUAAACGGGAUUUGCUUAUUGCUGAGGGGAAAGAGGAGAGUACCGUGGGCACCGAUCGUGUUUUCAAGGAGGACACUCGUGAAACUCAGCUUGUGCCAAUUGGAAAGAGCAAGGGGGUGGGCGCCGCCAUGGGCUUCCAGUUGCCCAGCCUCUUCGUGUGGCUGAUCAAAGGCCGGGACUAUUGGCUAUCAACCACGGGGAACUUGUGGAGUGGCAAGCAGUGGGCCAAAGAGUCGUGA